AUGGAUAACAACAAAGAAAGAUUUAUCCAAUUCAUUGAAAGCGAUGAAUUUAACAAAGAUCAAAAACGUUGUAGCAGUUUAUAUCCAAAGAGUAACUCUUAUAUUAAAAGUGGUUAUUCAUUACUCGAAUUAUGUUGUUACUAUGGAGCAGCUGGUUGUUUCAAGUUAUUAAGAACAAAAUUUAACUCAGAAAUAACUCAACAAUGUCUAGAAUUAUCAUUUUUAGGAAGAAAUCAAGAGAUCAUGAGUGAAUGUUUGAAACAUCAAAAACCAGGUAAAUAUUGCAUGAAAUAUGCAAUUAUUUCACACAACAUUGAUUUUGUUACAUUUUUGAUGAAUGAGUACAAUAUAAAGAUCAACAAUGAAUUAUUUGCAUGCGGAGAAUAUAGAAAUCUUGAAUCAUUUUUAGUUUAUGUCGAUCAAACGAAUGAUAUUAAUCAAUGUUUUGUUUGUUCGGCAAUAUUUGGCAUAACUUCUCUUUGCGAAUAUUUCUUUUCGCAUGGUGCAAAUAUCAAUGAUAAAGAUAAUUAUGGAAAAAGAGCUCUUCAUUAUGCCGUAAUAUAUAAUAAUAAAGAAAUAGCAGAAUUUCUUUUUUCACAUGGUGCAAAAGUCGACGAAAAGGAUGGAAUGGGAAGCACGGCUCUUCAUUAUGCCGCAGAAUGCAAUAAUAAAGAAAUAGCAGAACUCCUUCUUUCACACCGUGCAAAAAUAAAUGAAAAAGAUAAAGAUGGACAAACAGUUCUUCAUUAUACCGCAAAAUAUAAUAAUAAAGAAAUAGCGGAACUUCUUCUUUCACAUGGUGCAAAAGUCAACGAACAGGAUGAAACGGGAGAAACAGCUCUUCAUAUUGCAGCAAAUUAUAAUAGUAAAGAAAUAGCGGAACACCUUCUUUCACACGGUGCAAAAGUCAAUGCGAAAAGUAAGCAUUCCCCUCUUUACUGUGCAGUGAACUUUAAUCAUAAAGAAAUGGUAGAACUUCUUAUUUCAAAUGGUGCAAAAAUCAAUGAAAAAGAUGUAAAUGGAACAACAGCUCUUAUACUCGCAGCAAAGUUUCAAUAUAAAGAAAUACUAGAACUUCUUAUUUCAAAUGGUGCAAAAAUCAAUGAAAAAGAUAAAUCCGGUAGUACCGCUCUUCAUUGGGCAGUAAGCACUCAAGAUAAUGAAAUUAUAGAACUUCUAAUUUCACAUGGUAUAAAUAUCAACGAAAAAGAUAAAUCUGGAAAAACAGCUCUUGAUUAUGCAUCAAACUUUAAUAACAAUGAAAUAGUCGAACUUAUUUUAAAUGGUGCAAAACACCAUUAG